AUGUGUAAAGAAAAACACUACCACCAGCUAAUGCGACUGGAACACGAAGUGGAGCGCUUACUGGAAAAACAAACCAACAUCAGUUCAAUUAAAUCGAACGUGUGGUUCAAGGUAUUUUUCCAUAUACUCAUCCAAACCACCUACGAUGUCAUACAUCUCGGAAUCGCCGCUCGAAGUUACAGGUCACCUGUAUUCUCUUACGUAAUGCCAUUAAUAAUAGUCGAACGUUUACGUUACGCCCAGAUCUCCGUCAUAAUUGAGCGUCAAAAUGAGCGAGCGCGGUGUUUGAUUGCCGCACUCAAACUGUUGGUGCGAGCAAAUCAACCAAAACUUAAAUUCACAAGUGAUAUAUGGCAGCCAUAUACGGUGUGGGAGUAUGAGCAUCUGAAUUGGAUACGUCUUAUACAAGGACGCCUCUCUGAAUUGCACCAAUGUGUGAACAAGUGUUUCGGUUGGUCAGUCAUUGCGCUAUUCUUUAGCACAUUCUUUACCAUCGUAAGUAAUCUCUUCUGGUGCAUUGAAAUUUCGUUGUAUAAAUUCCAUCUGGGGCAAUUCACCUACGAUGCGCUCACCAUGUUGCGUCUGGGCACUAUGGUUGCAGUGCUGUUGGCCUCUGCCGAAAAAACAAAGACGAAUAUUAUGCAGAUUAGCGGACUCAUAUUCAAAUUGGCAAAACCUUUAGGCAACAAAGCUUACAAUGAUCUCGUAUCGAAUCUCUUACUGCAAUGCCUGCAUCAAAGAUUCAUCAUAAACGUGAAGGGCUUUUUCACACUGAAUAUUUCGCUAUUAGGAAAUAUGAUCGCCUCAUCAGUCACAUAUCUGCUAAUACUCGUUCAGUUUUUAGUCAGCGAGGAAGUUGAUACGAAACAAACUUUAGGAUAUAAGUUGAUGAGGAAUGCAACGAAUGGCUAG